ACUCUUUCACUUCUGCUAUUGUGUUCUUUGGUUCUGUUAUAUUUCUGCUCAUUUCAUGUUACAAGGACAUGAAAAAUGUCUCGUUGGGUUCUCUGCUUAUUGUCUGAUCACUGUCAAUUGCUCUCUCCGCAUACAGCAAAAGAAAAAGAUGGUGUCCAAAUUUCCAAGAUCAUGGGCCUGAUUGAUGCACACUAAUGCAUGCAAAACACAGCCUUGCUUUCUUCUUUUUCUUUGAUGUGUGUGUUCUUUUCAGGAGGUGGUGAGGAAUGGCGGGGCAGCAUCACCGGGACGGAAGCACACUCUGUCAAGAAAAGCAAAAUAGAGAGGUUGUCCAGGAAGAACCGAGAUCAAGCUCGACGAGGAAAGAUCGAUCUUGAUGCAGCUGAAGUCACAGAAACUCUCCACUACAGGAUCUUUGCAGCAACAUGGAAUGUAGGUGGGAAAUCCCCACCGAGUAAUCUGAACCUUGAUGAUUGGCUCCACACCUCACCUGCCGCAGACAUAUAUGUCCUGGGGUUUCAGGAAAUUGUACCUCUCAGUGCGGGAAACGUUCUCGGAACAGAGGACAAUGCACCUGCGAAGAAAUGGAUAGCUCUCAUCAGGAAGGCACUGAACAAUCUUCCGGGCAAUAGCAGCAGCGGCAGCUACCGAACACCUUCCCCUCUUCCCAACCCAGUUGUGGAGCUGGAUGAUGACUUCGAGGGCGCAUCGAUGAGGCAAAGGAACUUGUUCCACCGUCGUUCCUUCCAGUCCUUGAGUCGAAGCUUGAGAAUCGAUGGAGAUAUUCUGGCUCCACAGCCAAGGCUGGAUCGUCGGCACAGUGUCUGUGAUCGGGUCAUCUUCGCAAACAGGCCGAGUGACUACGACCCCAACUAUCGAUGGGGCGGGUCAUCUGAUGACGAGAAUAUUAGUGGGGAUUACUCACCUGGCACAACCGCAUACUGCUCGCCGGUGUCGUAUGGCUACGGAGCUUCCUCCUCGAUAGAGGACAGGGAGAGAGCAGGGCAUUCGAGGUAUUGUUUAGUGGCGAGCAAGCAGAUGGUGGGAAUAUUUCUCACCAUUUGGGUGAGAGGAGACACGAGAGACAGCAUAAGGAACUUGAAGGUCUCUUGCGUUGGUAGAGGAUUGAUGGGUUAUCUUGGGAACAAGGGUUCGAUUUCGAUUAGCAUGUCUUUGCACCAAACAAGCUUCUGCUUCAUCUGCAGCCAUUUGAGUUCUGGGCAGAAGGAUGGUGAUGAGCUGCGGAGGAACUCUGAUGUCAUGGAGAUCCUGAGGAAGACCAGGUUCCCUCCGGUUCAUGGGUUUUGUGAUGAGAGAUCACCUGAAACCAUCCCUGAGCAUGAUCGAAUCAUUUGGCUCGGAGAUCUAAAUUACCGAAUUGCUCUUUCAUAUCGCUCCGCGAAGGCUCUUGUCGAGAUGCGUAACUGGAAAGCACUGUUGGAAAAAGAUCAGCUUCGGAUAGAGCAAAGAUCAGGCCGAGUCUUCCAGGGUUGGAAUGAAGGAAAAAUAUACUUCCCUCCCACAUACAAGUACUCGAACAACUCAGACCGCUACACUGGAGAUGACAUGAACCUUAAAGAGAAACGUCGAACACCUGCAUGGUGCGAUCGUAUCUUAUGGUAUGGAAGAGGCCUCAACCAGCUCUCUUACGUUCGUGGAGAGUCGAGGUUCUCUGAUCAUAGACCGGUUUCUAGCAUUUUUACAGCAGAAGUCGAGUCGAUUAAUCAUAGCCGAAUACAGAACAUGAAUUGCUCUAGCGCUCAAGUAGACAUCGAAGAGCUUUUGCCAUUUUCAAGUGGUUAUACGGAACUCUGCUUCUUUUAAAGAUUGAAACUGUUCAUGAAUGCUUCACACAAGGUUUUAAACCAAUCUCUUCAAUCAGAAAAGGAAGACAUUUGGGGGGAGAAGGCUGACAGCAAACACGAUCACUGAAUUAAAAGUCAGUCUGCUAUGAUCUUCUGAAUAAUGGCAGAAGACAUCCCAUGAAGAUUAAUCUCAGGCAAACAGUUACUCCUUUUCAAUUUACGUUUUUUUAAUAUAGAAUCUAUAUAUCUAACUACUUUCUUGUCACCUUGGAUACCAACAGGCUAGGCUUGUUCAACCCUAUUAAUUCAUGAGAGAUCACAAUAAUUUGAACAGUCCUUUUUCAAAGGAUUAAUCAGUGGAAGGGAAGUUACAUUCUUCCUAUGUUGAUCCAUAAGAAGAAAUGUCAAAUCUAAAUGACAAGAGAGUUGCUGAUAAUUGCUCAUCAGUACUGACAUGAAAACAGUGGACCAUCAAAUGCACAGGUUUUUCCCUCUUUUUAGAGCUUCUUUUAUUUUUUUUUUACUUUUGUUGGGUGGAUAUACAGGGGAAAUUUUGCAGUUAGAGGUGGGAAAAGGAGGGUUCAAAACAUAAUAAAGUUUGCAAUGCUUAUUCCUAUUUUGUAAGUUGGAAAUCUGCAUGCUCACUCACUGCACUGGAGAUGAGGAAGUGUAGGUAGGAUAUGACAUGUUGCAAGAGAUUUGGUCAAUGAUCUUCACCUGGAAAAGGUUAUUCUUUUGAUAUCCUCUGCAGAUUGCUUGGGUACUGUUCCCUCUUUUGUGUUGCAAGAACUAUAAAAAUCUGUAGGAGUACAGGUACGGUUGGAACACCUGGGGACUUCUUUUAGCAAUCUAAGAAAACAGAUGAAGAUUCUUGAGAGUGUACAACCAAAUAGAAAGGACAGGCUAUUGACCCUCCCAGUUUCUAGCUGAUGGUGUAAAGUGUCAGCUUGAUCAGCAGAAUGCUUAAUGGUUGGACUACUACUUACUUGCUGUGGACGAAAAUGGAAGAAAGUUAUGCCAAUUUAAUAGCAUAAAGCUGACUGCUAAUCAAAAUAGAAGGUGGAACAACAUUAAAAGAAAACAUAGUAGAACAGAAAGAAUAACAAGUCAGACUAUAUAUAUAUAUAUAGAGAGAGAGAGAGAGAGAAAAGCAGCAUGGCUUUCCAAACCGUCACUUAAUCUCUGGCACAA